GGGAAGCUGUACGCCAUGAAGGUUCUGAAGAAGGCCACCAUUGUGCAAAAGGCAAAGACAGCUGAACACACGCGAACGGAGCGGCAAGUCCUGGAGCACAUCCGCCAGUCGCCGUUCCUUGUCACACUUCACUAUGCCUUCCAGACAGAUACCAAGCUGCACCUCAUUCUCGAUUAUGUGAAUGGUGGGGAGCUGUUCACACACUUGGUACAGAGGGUGCGGUUCAAGGAGCAGGAAGUAGCCCUGUACAGUGGAGAAAUUGUGUUGGCACUAGAGCAUCUACAUAAGCUUGGAAUUGUCUAUCGUGACUUGAAGCUUGAGAAUAUUCUACUAGACUCAAAUGGCCAUGUAGUACUUACAGAUUUUGGCCUCAGUAAAGAGUUUGAUCAGGUGGAGAGGGCAUUCUCUGUGUGUGGCACUAUUGAAUACAUGGCUCCAGAAAUAGUGGAGGGUGGAGAGUCUGGACAUGACAAGGCAGUGGACUGGUGGAGCCUUGGUGUGCUGAUGUAUGAGCUUUUGACUGGCGGAUCGCCCUUCACUGUUGAUGGAGAUGAGAACUCCCACACAGAAAUUGCCAAGAGGAUUUCAAAGAAGGAUCCACCAUUCCCAAAAGACAUGGGUCCACUGGCCAAAGACCUCAUCCAGCGACUCCUCAUUAAAGAUCCAAAGAAGAGAUUAGGAUCAGGUCCUAAUGGAGCGGAAAAUGUGAAGAAACAUCCAUUUUACCAGAAGAUUAACUGGGAGGACUUGGCAGCAAAGAAAGUCCCCGCCCCAUUCAAGCCGGUGAUCCGGGACGAGCUGGACGUCAGCAACUUUGCAGAGGAGUUCACAGAGAUGGACCCCACCUACUCCCCUGCAGCUCUGCCUCAGAACUGCGACCGCAUCUUCCAGGGCUAUUCCUUUAUGGCCCCCUCCAUCCUGUUUAAGAGGAAUGUGGUGAUGGAUGACCCCAUCCAGCUGUGUGGGGGCUCCGAGAGGCCAGGCUCUGCUGCAGUGGCCCGCAGUGCUAUGAUGAAGGACUCACCAUUCUAUAUGAGUUAUGAGAUGGACCUGAAGGACAGUGCUCUGGGAGAGGGUAGCUUCUCCAUCUGUAGGCAAUGCACACACAAGAAGACUGGACAGAAAUAUGCUGUCAAGAUUGUUAGCAAGAGGAUGGAGGCGCAGACACAAAAGGAAAUAGCAGCCCUGAAGCUCUGCGAUGGCCACCCUAACAUCGUCAAGUUACAUGAAAUCUACCAUGACCAGCUGCACACAUACCUGGUUCUGGAGCUGCUUGGUGGGGGGGAGCUUCUGGAGAGAAUUCGCAGGAAGCAGCACUUCAGUGAGACAGAGGCCAGCCGCAUCAUGCGCAAGCUGGUCUCCGCCGUCAGCCAUAUGCACGAUGUUGGGGUGGUGCACAGGGACCUUAAACCGGAGAAUCUGCUCUUCACAGACGAGAGUGAGAACUCGGAGAUAAAGAUCAUAGACUUUGGCUUUGCCCACCUCAAACCGCCGGACAAUCAGCUCCUGAAGACGCCCUGCUUCACCUUGCAGUAUGCCGCACCUGAGAUCCUCAAAUAUGAUGGCUACGAUGAGUCAUGUGACCUGUGGAGUCUGGGGGUCAUUUUGUACACCAUGUUGUCGGGCCAGGUGCCUUUCCAGUGCCAGGAGAAGAGCCUGACCCACACCACCGCUGAGGAGAUCAUGAAGAAGAUCAAACAGGGAGACUUCUCCUUUGAAGGGGAGGCCUGGAGGAACGUUUCCCAGCAGGCCAAGGACCUUAUACGAGAGCUCCUGACGGUCGACCCGAACAAGAGGAUUAAGAUGUGUGGUCUGCGGUACAAUGCCUGGCUCCAGGACGACAGUCAGCUGUCCUCCAAUCCCCUGAUGACUCCGGACAUCCUGGGCUCCUCCACUGCCUCCGUCCACACCUAUGUCAAAGCCACCUUCAAUGCAUUCAACAAGUGCAAGCGGGAGGGUUUCCGCCUGCAGACAGUUGACAAAGCACCACUAGCCAAGAGGAGGAAGAUGAAAAAGACCAGUACCAGUACAGAGACUCGCAGCAGCUCCAGUGAGAGUACCCACUCCUCGUCCUCCUCCUCCCAGUCUCAGGACACCAAGACGCCCCCAGAGAGCGACGCCAACCCCCAGCCCUCCAGCAGCACCCCCCACAACACCCCUGUCAGCACGCCCCUGACCCUGGGCAUGGACUCUGAGCACGCCCACCAGCCAGCGCCUCCAGCCUUCCACUUCUCAGAGGGACAGUGAGAGGGAGAGAGAAAGAGAGGAUCAGACAGAGAGACGGUUUCACGAACUUAAGGAUGGAUCAGACGAGUUAAGAGAUUCUGUCUUUUGCUUUCUCUCUUUCUCUCUCUUCCCCCGUUUCUCUCUUUUUGGCAGCUCUCUGCCUCUUGCUCAAACUCGAAUGCAUGGAC